AUGGCAGCUGAAAGUCUGAUUGAACUCAGAGAUUGGCUGUUCCUACUUCUCCUUUGCCUAACACUACUGGUGGAGGUGCUGGAGUUCGCUGCGGCAACAGCUGCCAUCACUGAGGCAGCACUUGCGGAGGCAGAGCUCCAAGAGGUUCCGUGUCCAUCUGCAUGCAGAUGUGAUGACGGUUUCAUUUACUGCAACGACCGUGGACUAAGCAUCAUACCGGCUUUACCGUUAACAGCAGCUGUACUCUAUUUACAAAACAAUCGCAUUGAUAAUGCUGGCCUGCCAACCUCACUGGAACGGCGAAUGACUGUUCGAGUAGUUUACCUUUAUGAUAACGAACUAGAUGAUUUUCCAACGCAUCUGCCGCCGUCGUUACGAGAACUCCAUCUACAGGACAAUAAUAUACGAACUUUGCCUCGAUCAGCUCUUGCACGUUUACCUUUGCUGGAAAAACUCCACAUGGAUGAUAAUUCCAUUUCAACUGUAAGCAUUGAAGACAAGGCAUUUGCAAAUAAUCCAAGGCUACGACUUCUCUUCUUGUCGCGCAACCACCUUUCAAGUAUACCAUCAGGGCUGCCAUCAUCACUUGAGGAGCUUCGACUGGAUGACAACAGAAUUUCUACAAUUCCAACACACGCGUUUAGAGGCCUUACUUCCCUAAGACGCCUCUUUCUUGAUGGAAAUCUGUUAGCAAAUCAACGCAUCGCGGACGACACCUUUUCACGACUGUCUAACUUAACAGAGCUCUCUCUGGUACGCAACUCUCUUCAGUCACCACCUUUAAACCUUCCUAGCAUACAUCUUCUGAGACUCUACUUGCAGGACAAUGCCAUGAUUCACAUGCCGAGAGGCUCCUUGGAUGGCAUGCACCGGUUGCAGAAGCUUGAUUUGUCAGGCAACAACCUUACAACCCUACCUAGAGGUUUGUUCAGGGACUUGGACAGCAUCUCACAGCUGCUUCUCCGAGGAAAUCCCUGGUAUUGUGGGUGCAACCUGCGCUGGCUCCAUGACUGGUUGCACGUCCGAGGUUCGUCAGUAACAGUACGGGGUCUGACGUGUCACGGACCAGAAAAGGUCAGGGGUAAAACACUUAGGGACCUCACAAGUCAAAUGGAGCAAUGUGAGGCAGCAGUAGAUGGGCCUGGAGGAGGAGGAAAUGGAGCAGCUGGAGGGAACGAUGGAGUUAAAAGGGACAAAGAGGAUUUUCCAACAAACUCCCCAACCACAACAACCCUCCCACUUCCCCAAGGUUCUUUGUUUACUCUCCGGUCCAAACGACCAGUACACAGGUAUCCUGACCUAGGACAGAACAGUCCGGUAGGGGGCGAGGGCGAGGAUCUCAGUAGAUCAACAAUCAUCAGUGUAAAGCCUUUAACUCCAGAGACAGCCCAUAUAACAUGGGAAGCUGCUCAACCAGCCUCGGCUUUCAGGCUGUCCUGGUUAAGAAUUAGCAACAACCCAGCCACGGGAUCUAUCACAGAGACACUAGUUCCAGGGGACCGCAGAGAGUAUUUACUCACUCAGCUACAACCACAGUCAGUUUAUACUGUCUGUAUUGUACCUCUCGUAGUGAGUAAAGGAAAAAGGACAUCAUUUUUAGGAACAGGGGGAUUAAAUUUCAACACUGAACAUGAACAUCCGGCUUGUGCCAGAACAGAGACAGCUGAUGCCCAGGUUCAGCCUAGUGCUGACCAGGGUGAGGAUGAUCAGGACACUGAUGAACUAUCUAUUUUACCCAUAGCAGGGAUUAUAGGAGGGGUGACUGCAUGUGUUUCGCUAUUUUUAAUUUUUGGCAUCUUUUGCUGGUACGGACAUAGAGCAGGGUACCUCACGGCUGACGACCAUUCGGUCUACGGGCGUGAUGUUGGUUCCCGCAGUGUUGGCAAGCAUUAUGAUGACUAUGUAGAAUCUGGUACCAUUAAGGACACAUCGGUUUUAGAAAUCGCGACUCCUGGUUUCCAGAUGACGCCACUGGCUGCCCUUCAGCCCUUGCAGCAGAAGGCAAAAGUUGAGGACAUGACAUACAUUCAUACUAUUUUUCCCUCAAAUAAUACCAGCCUUUACAGGAGCACCCUCAAUCACACAGCAAAUCAAGGCUACGGAACCAACCGUGGAUACAGAGAAGGUGGAAUACCAGAUAUAGAUUACGCUUACACGUGAUAGACUGUACGCUCCCUUAUGGUUUCUGGUCACUAUCUUUAAGACAAAGUAGCAGAGUAGGGGUUUGUUCAUUGUCUUAGGUUCCAAAGUAGGGGUGUGCCUUUAUAGCAUUAUAACCAUACAUCAUAUAACAGAAAUAGUACGCAGGUUUUUUUAAUUAACAAGUGUCAGUUUAAGCAGUCCAGUACAUCAGCAGUUUUCCGAAACGAUGAGGUUUCUUGGUCAAACAAAAUACGUCCCAAUGCACCACAUGAAGGGCUUUUGUUUCAUUCAUUAUGUUUCGAGUUCCACAUCAUUUCAGGUAAGAUUCUUUUAUACAGACAAUCACAAAUCCGAUUCCCACUUGGCACACCCCUAGUCCAACGUAACCUUUGUGCCUCCUUCAGUCUAUGUCCAGUCUAUUUUUAACUCAGUACAAUUUGGGAUAACGAUCCCCUAAGAACAAGCUUGUAACACCUAAAACAACAAAUAAGUGCCAGUUCUUGGUAUUGAUUAUACAAUAUCAAAGAUUUUGUAUAA